AUGAGCUUGUCGCCGCAUUCGGAAAGUUUUUCCAGCGAAGAUGAUUUCGGCAAGACAGUGAGUUUGAGAAGAACUGAAGCACUUUCUUCUUCAGUCGUUUGUUUGCCGCCACCACCUACGGUGAAGAGAUUGACUGGAAUCGCGUUUGUCUAUGCCACAAUUGUUUCUCAUGAUGGCCGAGCCAUUACCAUAGAUGGUCACCGCCGAGUUCUCCUUUCUGGUUCUAUCCAUUAUCCUAGAAGCACUCCUGAGAUGUGGCCGGAUCUUAUCAAAAAAGGUAAAGAAGGAGGUCUUGAUGCGAUCGAAACAUAUGUCUUCUGGAAUGCGCAUGAGCCUACUCGCCGUCAAUAUGAUUUUUCUGGAAAAUUAGAUCUUAUUCGAUUCCUGAAAACCAUUCAAGAUGAAGGAUUGUAUGGUGUUCUUCGCAUAGGACCAUAUGCAUGUGCUGAGUGGAAUUACGGAGGAUUCCCAGUGUGGCUGCACAACAUGCCUGGAAUGGUGUUCAGAACUACAAACAAAGCAUUUAUGGAUGAGAUGCAAAACUUCACAACUAUGAUAGUAGACAUGGUCAAGAAAGAAAAUUUAUUUGCAUCACAAGGAGGCCCAAUUAUUCUUGCUCAAAUAGAAAAUGAGUAUGGAAAUGUAAUGGGACCCUAUGGAGAAUCGGGUAAAGAAUACAUUAAGUGGUGUGCAAACAUGGCUCAGUCUCUUGAUGUUGGUGUUCCAUGGAUAAUGUGUCAACAAAAUGAUGCUCCUCAGCCUAUGUUGAAUACAUGUAAUGGCUUUUAUUGUGACAAUUUUGUACCAAACAAUCCCAACACUCCUAAGAUGUGGACUGAGAAUUGGACCGGAUGGUAA